AUGCCGGCGGCGGCAGGGGACGGGCUCCUGGGGGAGCCGGCGGCGCCUGGGGGCGGCGGCGGCGGCGCGGAGGACGCGGCCAGGCCGGCGGCGGCCUGCGAGGGAAGUUUCCUGCCGGCCUGGGUGAGCGGCGUGCCCCGCGAGCGGCUCCGCGACUUCCAGCACCACAAACGCGUGGGCAACUACCUCAUCGGCAGCAGGAAACUGGGCGAGGGCUCCUUCGCCAAGGUGCGCGAGGGGCUGCACGUGCUGACCGGGGAGAAGGUGGCCAUAAAAGUCAUCGAUAAGAAGAGAGCCAAAAAGGACACCUAUGUCACCAAAAACCUGCGGCGAGAGGGUCAGAUCCAGCAGAUGAUCCGUCACCCCAAUAUCACUCAGCUCCUUGAUAUUUUAGAGACGGAAAACAGCUACUACCUGGUCAUGGAGCUGUGCCCUGGGGGCAACCUGAUGCACAAGAUCUAUGAGAAGAAGCGGCUGGAGGAGUCUGAAGCCCGCAGAUACAUCCGACAGCUCAUCUCCGCUGUAGAGCACCUGCACCGGGCUGGGGUGGUCCACAGAGACUUGAAGAUAGAGAAUUUGCUACUAGAUGAAGACAAUAAUAUCAAGCUGAUUGACUUUGGUUUGAGCAACUGCGCAGGGAUCCUGGGUUACUCGGAUCCGUUCAGCACGCAGUGUGGCAGCCCUGCCUACGCCGCACCUGAACUGCUCGCCAGGAAGAAAUACGGCCCCAAAAUCGAUGUCUGGUCCAUGUUUGCACAGAUAGAAGAGAGUGAUGAGUGCUGCCUAGAGGCACACGUGAGCCCGAAUGUAGUGGAGCCGCACAUUGCUGAAGCCUGGGCUCCCAGUUACUUCGCAGGAAUCAGAACCCUGGCCAGAGACCCAGAGAUCACCCCAGCAGUGGCUCGGGAUGGGCAGGCGAGGUGGCGAGUCCCCUGUGAUGGUAGCUUUCACUGGUGUCUGCGUUCAGCCUGUAACAUGCGCACGUUCUUUCCCGAAUGUCUCCCAGGUGCCAUCAGUUUCCUGCGCUCUCUCCUGGAACCGGAUCCUGUGAAGAGGCCAAAUAUUCAGCAGGCACUGGCGAAUCGCUGGCUCAAUGAGAAUUACACGGGCAAAGUGCCCUGUAAUAUCACCUAUCCCAACAGGAUUUCUCUGGAAGACCUGAGCCCAAGCGUCGUGCUGCACAUGACCGAGAAGCUGGGUUACAAGAACAGCGACGUGAUCAACACCGUGCUCUCCAACCGCGCCUGCCACAUCCUGGCCAUCUACUUCCUCUUAAACAAGAAACUGGAGCGCUAUUUGUCAGGGAAAUCUGACAUCCAGGACAGCCUCUGCUACAAGACCCGGCUCUACCAGAUAGAAAAGUACAGGGCCCCCAAGGAGUCCUAUGAGGUGAGCCUCUCUGGCCACUGGACAAGGGAUCUUGAAUUCCAUGCUGUGCAGGAUAAAAAGCCCAAAGAACAAGAAAAAAGAGGGGAUUUUCUUCAUCGACCAUUCUCCAAGAAGUUGGACAAGAACCUGCCCUCGCACAAACAGCCCUCAGCCUCGCUCAUGACACAGAUUCAGAACACCAGAGCCCUCCUGAAGGACCGGAAGGCCUCCAAGUCCAGCUUCCCCGACAAAGAUUCCUUUGGCUGCCGCAAUAUUUUCCGCAAAACCUCUGACUCCAAUUGUGUGGCUUCUUCCUCCAUGGAGUUCAUCCCCGUGCCACCACCCAGGACCCCGAGGAUUGUGAAGAAACCGGAGCCCCAUCAGCCAGGGUCCGGAAGCACCGGCAUCCCCCACAAGGAAGACCCCCUGAUGCUGGACAUGGUGCGCUCCUUCGAGUCUGUGGACCGAGACGACCACAUAGAAGUGCUGUCUCCCUCUCAUCACUACAGGAUUCUGAACUCCCCGGUCAGCUUGGCUCGCAGAAAUUCCAGCGAGAGGACGCUGUCCCCGGGGCUGCCGUCCGGAAGCAUGUCGCCUCUCCAUACUCCUUUGCAUCCAACUCUGGUCUCUUUUGCUCAUGAAGAUAAAAACAGCCCCCCAAAAGAGGAGGGCCUGUGUUCCCCACCUCCGGUUCCCAGCAAUGGCCCUAUGCAGCCUCUGGGGAGCCCGAAUUGUGUGAAAAGCCGAGGCCGGUUCCCCAUGAUGGGCAUCGGACAGAUGCUGAGGAAGCGCCAUCAGAGUCUGCAGCCAUCUGCAGAUAGGCCCCUGGAGGCCAGCCUGCCCCCGCUGCAGCCCCUAGCCCCCGUGAACCUUGCCUUUGACAUGGCCGAUGGGGUCAAGACCCAGUGCUAACUUGAGCCAGCGGGAUGUGGGGUAUCUCUAGCAAAUAGCAGCGAAACAGAGCUCCACACAACUGUCAGGGUGUGAACAUUCCAAGGCCUCGCUUGGAGCAUCCUUAGUGGCCCCAUUGGUUCCUGCCGUGCAGUAUCCCACCUGUAGCUGAAUCCACAGACCCAAAGCCUGCACAACCCAACCUCACUUAGGGACCCCCAGAGAUGCUGGAAUCGCCAGGAGGGUUGGCUCCAGGGGCAGCCAAUCUCUAUCUUUCAGAUCUUCCUUCCUCUCAACCGCUCACCAACCCCUUCCAGUUCCCACUUCCCCCAGGCUUGGAGGGAAAACGGGGCAUCAGCCUUCUGGGGCCAUCAGAUGAUGGACUGUUACCAGAUCUUUCUUCACACUGUGCUACAUGUGUGCCUCUCACAGCGGUUGGCCACAGUCACAGGGAGAGAACAACAUCGCAGUCAUUCCUCCAGGCCACGUUUCCUCUGCGGAGUGUGGCAGCCCCGCCUUUCAUAGCAGGGACUCCCCAAAGGCCAGCAGGAGCCCGGGGCAGGCCCAGGAUCCUCAGAGGAAGACGGAGAGGAGCUUCGGACCAAGAUCAAAGCAAAUGGUGGGGAACGCGACAGAAGAGAGAGACUGAAGGAGACACUCACUUCCCUAGCAAGAUUUUGAUAGAUUUUUGUUGUUGUUGUUGAAACGUGCUAAUGAUUGAAUUAUCUUUUCCAAAGAGAUUUUUUUUUAAAAAAUGUGAUGUCGGUAAAUUGAAAUAACAUACUUUUUUAAAACUUGGAUGGAGAGAUGAGAAGCAAUUCCACCAAACUCGUGUUUUCACGGGAGGGGUCAGUGUGGAGAGCAAAAAAGCUGACUGUGGUGAUGUGUGGAGUGCUGUGGCCCACAGGCAGGGCACGUCUCGGUGGUCCUGUGUUCAUCCUGUUGUUUAAGGCAUAGCCCUGAUCCUUCUGGGAGGCAUAGAACACGGUCACAGCUGGUUCUGUAGAAAGAGAGAAAAGACGAUCGUGACAAUUCAGAGCAUAAUUCGGAUGGCGAGAUGGCAGCGUUACCUCUGUGUGAUGCGGAUUUCAAGGGGCCCACAGAACUCAUGCAGCCCAAAGCUCAGCGAGUUUGCUGGGAGCUGGGAGCAGGCUUGCCUGGCAGAGAACCUGUUCAGAUACGGACCAGUUUCUUCUUCGAGGAAAGCCGAGCUCCUCAAACAGGGUUCAGUCCACAUUGUGUUUUCACACCUUUCUCCAAGGAUCGAACCAAAGAUGCGUCUCCAGUAUUGUGUCUGUGCCCCCCGUGUGUGUGUUUUGUGGACCCCUGUUGUUGUCUGACUGUAUCCAGCUGGCACUUGGCAGGGUGCACUCAUUGGUGAGAAGAAUCAGAAAAAGAAGACUUAUCAGCACAGGUGGGAUAGGGGUUAGUGUAGGAGACUGGUUACAGAAUGGCCUGGAGUCUUCAAAUUUUGACCAGUGCAGGUGUGACCAGAGACCGCCUCUGUGGCCACCUCGGAUAGUCAUCUCAGUCCAUGGAUCCCAAAACACAAAUCUAGAAUUGCAAAGCCAGCCUUUAUUUUCCUGGCAGGCAGCCUUGCCAGAGGGCAGAGAGGUAGUUCUGAAUCACUCUCUUAUUCACUAGUGGUGACAUCCCUUAGUCCCUCACGUCUCUGACAGAGCAGGAGAGAAUGGAUAUUUGGCCGACCUUGGUGAGACCUGGAGCUGCCUCCUUUCUCCCUAGGGGAUCACCCCAGCUCGAGGGCAUUCUAGGAUGAGGUCAGACCCCUUGGCGAUUGGUGUUAUUUUUUGUAUAGCUUCAGACUGGGUUCCAGAACUUACCAUUGAAAACAGAGCUUUUAGGCCAGGCGUGGUGGCUCAUGCCUGUAAUCCCAGCACUUUGGGAGGCCGAGACGGGUAGAUCGCUUGAGCCCAGGAGUUCGAGAGCAGCCUGGGCAACAUGGUGAAAGCCCUUCUCUACCAAAAAAUACAAAAAAAAAAAUAGCUGGGUGUGGUGGCAGGUGCCAGUAGUCCCCGCUACUUGCGGGGCUGAGGUGGGAGGAUCACUUGAACCUAGGAGAUCGAGGCUGCAGUGAGCCAAGAUCAUGCUACUGCACUCCAGCCUGGGUGGCAAAGUGAGACCCUGUCUCCAGAAAAAAAGAAAAUAGAGUUUUAUAAGCAGAGAGAAGAAAAGAAUCAUCUAAGACCAUCUCUCCAUUUGACAUGAAGUGUACCUUUUCUAAAGAUGGUUUCCAGCUGCCACGGCUCCAAUUGGCAGGCUCACAGGGUGUAUACCUGUGCAUUGGGAACUUUCUGGAGCCCCUGAUGCCUUUUCCUUGAGAACAGGAGCGCUUCCGCCUUGCCAUGAGCUCGUGGAGAACAUGCUUCUCAUUCCUGGCAUGCUUCAAGCACGGCUGCAGAUGUGCCGCUAACUGACCGCGUUGCCGUUGGUGACCUGGACUCUGAACUCAGGUUUAUUCUAAACCCAGUGAGAGGUGAGGGGGAGUGAGGAAAGGGGAUCAACUGUAUUUUUGUGCGUGUAUGGGCACCCGACAAAUCUAUGAAACCGAGUGAAAGGAGAAAUGUUAGAGUCUUUAUUAUUUUAUUAUAUUUAUAUGGAAAGCUUGGCUCUCCCUUUGGUAAGUCCGAAACAUGUUGUCUGUUUGACCGUGACUGUCUUCCUCAGUCUGUGCCUGUGAUUCCAGUCACCCUGUAGUUACUGACAGAAAUUGACUGGACUGUCAUUGUGUGAAGUCCAGGAGGAAAAGUCCAUUUUAAUUGUACGAUUUGGUCAUAAGCAAGGACUAUAUUUAUGUCACCAUUAUUAGCUAUAUGUACUUUUGUAAUGACUGUGAAAUACACUUUUCCCUCACUA